ACUCCUUGGUUCUUUGUUAUUUAAAUAAUAGAGUUUGAGAGGUUAGAUGGUAAGAGUUAUCUGCAUUAAAUGAAAAAAAGGUCCUUAGUUAUUAAAUGUGCUAACUCCUCUUUUGCUGUUUCUGAACUUGGAGAAACUAAUAUGUGCUGAAGUAGUGGCAGAGACACGGAACAAGGGGCCAGCCCUCCCAGGAUGGAUCAGCCUUAUGCAGGAACUGCUUUGAGGACUUAGGUUGAAAGGUGCCCAGCAAAGUGCCACAGUGCCCAUCCCUGUGCCAGGCUCUGCUUCAGACCUGCUCCCUCACUUUCUGCUGGAACCUGAAGAUGUUUAUAUUGUCAAGAACAAACCAGUGACCCUGGCCUGCAAGGCCACGCCUGCCACUCAGAUCUACUUCAAGUGCAAUGGCGAGUGGGUGCAUCAGGGUGAUCACAUCAUACAGCGGAGCAUGGACAAAAGCACCGGCCUGCCCCUCAUGGAGGUGCGGAUUGACAUCUCACGGCAGCAGGUGGAGAAGAUCUUUGGCCUGGAGGAGUACUGGUGCCAGUGUGUUGCCUGGAGCUCUUCUGGCACCACCAAGAGUCAGAAGGCCUAUGUGCGCAUUGCUUAUCUGCGGAAGAACUUUGAACAAGAGCCAGUGGCCAAGGAGGUUUCUAUUGAACAGGGGAUUGUACUGCCUUGUCGCCCUCCAGAGGGGAUCCCACCAGCUGAAGUUGAGUGGCUGCGCAAUGAAGAGCUCCUGGACCCCGCACUGGACCCGAAUUUCUACAUCACCCUGGAGCAUAGCCUGGUGGUGAAGCAAGCCCGCCUAGCUGACACAGGCAACUAUACCUGCGUGGCCAAGAAUAUUGUGGCCCGGCGUCGCAGUUCACCUGCUGCUGUCACUGUCUAUGUGAAUGGUGGCUGGUCGACGUGGACGGACUGGUCAGCUUGCAGUACCAGCUGUGGACGGGGCUGGCAGAAGCGGAGCCGGAGCUGCACCAACCCAACGCCACUCAACGGGGGGGCCUUCUGUGAGGGCCAGAAUGUGCAGAAAAGUUCCUGUGCCACCCUGUGCCCAGUGCCUGGUGGUUGGUCGGCCUGGAGUCUGUGGUCAGAGUGUGGUGUGGACUGUACACAUUGGCGUAGCCGAGAGUGUUCUGAUCCAGCACCCCGGAACGGUGGGGAAGAGUGCCAGGGGCCUGAACUGGAGACCCGCAACUGCACCAGCGAGCUGUGCACUCAUGGAACUGGUGGCUCUGAGGAUGUGGCUUUGUAUGUGGGCCUGAUCGCUGUGGCUGUCUGCCUGGUGCUGCUGCUCCUGGUGGUGACUCUUGUCUAUUGCCGUAAGAAGGAAGGCCUGGAUUCAGAUGUGGCUGACUCUUCUAUUCUCACCGCUGGCUUCCAGCCAGUCAGCAUCAAGCCCACCAAAGCAGAUAACUCCCACUUGCUCACUAUCCAGCCGGACUUGAGCACCACCACCAUGACCUACCAGGGCUCACUAUGCCCACGUCAGGAUGGACCCAGCAAGUUUCAGCUUGGCAACGGACACCUGCUGAGCCCCCUGGGUAGUGGACGCCACACCUUGCACCAUAGCUCACCCAGUGCUGAUCCAGUGGAUUUUGUCUCACGAUUCUCCACCCAGAGUUUCUUCCGCUCCUUGCCGAGGGGCAGUGCCAACAUGGCAUAUGGAACCUUCAACUUCCUGGGUGGACGCUUAAUGAUACCCAACACAGGUGUCAGCCUGCUCAUCCCACCUGAUGCCAUCCCACGAGGGAAGAUCUAUGAAAUCUACUUGACACUGCACAAGCAGGAGGAUGUGAGGUUGCCCCUGGCUGGCUGCCAGACCCUGCUGAGCCCCAUUGUCAGUUGUGGCCCUCCUGGGGUGCUGCUCACCAGACCCGUUAUCCUAGCCAUGGACCACUGUGUGGAACCAAACCCUGAGACCUGGAGCCUGCGCCUCAAGAAACAGUCCUGCGAGGGCACUUGGGAGGAUGUGUUGCACCUGGGUGAGCCAGUGCCCUCAGAACUCUUUCACUGCCAGCUGGAAGCUCAGGCUUGCUACAUCUUCACAGAGCAACUAGGCCGCUUUGCCCUGGUGGGGGAAUCUCUCAGCAUGGCUGCCUCUAAACGCCUCAAACUGGUCCUCUUUGCACCCACUACUUGUAGCGGGCUGGAGUACGAUGUCCGUGUAUAUUGCCUCAGUGACACGCGUGAUGCACUCAAGGAAGUGGUACAAAUAGAGAAGCAGAUGGGAGGACAGCUGAUUGGCGCACCACGGAUCUUGCACUUCAAGGACAGUUACCACAAUUUACGCCUCUCCAUCCAUGAUGUGCCCAGCUCCCUGUGGAAGAGCAAGCUCCUUGUCAGCUAUCAGGAGAUUCCCUUCUAUCACCUUUGGAGUGGGCUGCAGCCCUAUCUGCACUGCACCUUCACCCUGGAGCGACUCAGCACCAGCACUUGCCAGCUGGCUUGCAAAAUCUGGAUCUGGCAAGUUGAGGGCGAUGGGCAGAGCUUCAAUAUUGACUUCAACAUUGCUAAGGCACCCUGUCCACACACUCAGCCCUCUUACCCCAGGCUCCACUUGCCCCAUAGAUUCCCAUCGCUGCUGUCCUCUUUCCAGGAUGCACGGUUCUCGGACUGGCUGCCCCCAGAUCAUGAGGCUGGCUCCCCUGCCCUGGUGGGCCCCAGUGCCUUCAAGAUCCCCUUCCUCAUCCGCCAGAAGAUCAUAAGCAGCCUGGAUGCACCAGGAGUCCGUGGAGCUGACUGGAGAGCAUUAGCCCAGAAGCUGCACCUCGACAGCCAUCUCAGCUUCUUUGCUUCAAAACCCAGCCCAACAGCCAUGAUCUUGAACUUAUGGGAGGCACGUCACUUUCCCAACGGAAACCUCAACCAGCUGGCUGCUGCCGUGGCCGAGGUGGGCAAGCAGGACAGCUCCCUCUUCAUGGUUUCAGAAGCCGAGUGCUAAGACACUCAGUGGGGACAGCACAGGCCUGAGCUGGGAGACGACUGGAGGCAUCUGCAUUUGAAGGGGGCAGUGCUCCUGCUUUGAACAUGCCUGUGCCACUCCUAUCUGAGGCAUCCUGGCCUCAUGCCCUCUAUUCCUUGUGCCAAAUACAGUCAGAAAGCAAGCACACUGGCUCAGUCUCCAGCAGCCAUGGCAAAUGCUACUGAAUGCUUAUCUUGCUGCUACUAAGAAAGCUUUGGGACUGGCUGAGGGAGGCCUGUCCCUUCUGCCUGAGUAGGAUGGCAAUGGAUUCAGAUAGGUGAGCAUCUGGACAUGGUCAUGUGCUCAGAGCCUUCUUCUUCCUUAGUGGGGAAGAGGGCAAGGGGAGACAGCUGGCCUAGCACCCCCAUUCUGAGUGACCAGGACAAAACAGGUAAGCUUGCUCCUGGAGCUGAGAUGUCUGUACCCUUCCCACUCCUGCUGCCCAGGAUGCCCCAUGCCACAAUACAGUUGGGUGGGGGGGAUGGGGCCAGGGCAUUUUCAGAGCCAUCUCUAUGUACUUUUGCUCCAGCUCAAGAAGUACCCAAGACUCAGCCAUAGAGGGCAACCUGGGGGGGGGGGGUUAGUGGCCUGCAGACACUGGGAACUCCAAAGUGACAAGGGAGGGUCAGGUACAGACAGAGGGCAGCCCAGGGACAAGGGCAGUGCUGUACUGGGCAACUGGAUCUGUGCCUCCUAAGUCCUUGCCCAGUGUAUAUGCAAAGGGAAUUGUGCGUGUGCGUGGCAGUCCAAUCCGUGCAGUGAACGUGUGCUGGACCAGGCAGGUCCAUGCCGUAUUGUGUAAAGAUCGUUUUUUAUUCUGUAUUCAAGUGCAUUCAAGUAUUUACACUUGGCCUUAUGUACAUAUAAGCGUCCCGCACAGGGUUUUAGCGGGCAUGAAUGUAAAUAAAUUAUAUAUAUAUAUUGCUA